UUCAAUAUUCGUCGAUGUGGCCGCGCGCGAGGACUUGCUUUGUUCCAAGCAAAUUUUCGUGCACAAGCGUUGCAUAUUGAACUCAAACUGCGAGUACAUUUGUGUAUUUAGCAGUUGUAAUCAACGUGAUUGGCGUUCAGUGAAAUAUUUGCUGAAAAAUGCCAGAAGACGUGACCAUGGAGAACGCCGGCGAGGUGGAGACCUUUGCCUUUCAGGCUGAAAUCGCUCAAUUAAUGAGCUUAAUCAUCAAUACCUUCUACUCGAACAAAGAAAUCUUUAUCCGAGAAUUAAUCUCAAACUCGUCUGAUGCGUUGGACAAAAUUCGAUAUGAAUCUCUUACGGAGCCAUCCAAGCUUGAUACAUGCAAAGAACUGUUCAUCAAAAUCGUCCCGAACAAGAAUGACCGCACUCUCACAAUUCUUGAUUCUGGUAUUGGUAUGACCAAGGCUGAUCUCGUGAAUAACUUGGGUACCAUCGCUAAAUCUGGCACCAAAGCGUUUAUGGAAGCUCUGCAGGCAGGUGCUGACAUUUCCAUGAUUGGACAGUUUGGUGUAGGUUUCUAUUCGGCAUAUCUUGUGGCUGAUAGAGUCAUCGUAAUCUCGAAGCACAAUGAUGAUGAGCAGUAUUUGUGGGAGUCUUCCGCCGGUGGUUCGUUUACGGUACGCCCGGACAAUGGCGAGCCGAUCGGUCGUGGCACAAAAAUUGUUUUGCACAUCAAGGAGGACCAGACUGAAUACUUGGAAGAGUCAAAGAUUAAGGAGAUUGUAAAGAAGCACUCUCAGUUCAUUGGCUAUCCCAUUAAGCUCGUUGUAGAGAAGGAACGUGAUAAGGAACUGAGCGAGGAUGAGGAGGAGGAGCCCGCAAAGGAGGAAGAAAAAACUGAGGACGACAAGCCUAAGAUCGAGGAUGUCGGCGAGGAUGAGGAUGAGGAUAAGCCCAAAGAGGAGAAAAAGAAGAAGAAGAAGACCAUCAAAGAGAAGUACACAGAGGACGAAGAGCUCAACAAGACAAAGCCGAUCUGGACGAGAAAUCCAGAUGAAAUCACGCAGGAAGAAUAUGGCGAAUUCUAUAAGAGCUUGACGAAUGACUGGGAGGACCACUUGGCUGUGAAGCACUUCUCCGUGGAAGGACAGCUGGAAUUCAGGGCGCUGCUGUUCAUCCCGCGUCGUGCGCCUUUCGACUUGUUCGAAAACAAAAAGAGGAAGAACAACAUUAAGUUGUACGUACGACGCGUCUUCAUCAUGGACAAUUGUGAGGACCUGAUUCCAGAAUAUUUGAACUUCAUCAAGGGCGUCGUAGACAGUGAGGAUCUUCCUUUGAACAUCUCCCGUGAGAUGUUACAGCAGAAUAAGAUCCUGAAGGUUAUCAGGAAGAAUCUCGUUAAGAAAUGCUUGGAGCUCUUCGAGGAAUUGGCCGAGGACAAGGAAAAUUACAAGAAGUGCUACGAGCAAUUCAGCAAAAAUCUGAAACUCGGCAUCCACGAAGACAGCCAAAACAGGAAAAAGCUGUCGGAAUUGCUCCGCUAUCACACUUCCGCAUCCGGCGAUGAAAUGUGCUCGCUGAAAGACUACGUCGGCAGGAUGAAGGAGAAUCAGAAACAUGUCUACUACAUCACCGGCGAGAGCAGGGAGCAAGUCGCUAACAGCUCGUUCGUUGAACGUGUGAAGAAGCGCGGCUUCGAGGUCGUGUAUAUGACUGAGCCCAUUGACGAGUACGUCGUUCAACAGCUGAAAGAAUUCGAUGGAAAGCAAUUGGUGUCCGUCACGAAAGAGGGCUUGGAAUUGCCGGAGGAUGAGGAGGAGAAGAAGAAACGCGAGGAGGACAAAACCAAAUUCGAGAGUCUCUGCAAAAUUAUGAAGGACAUUCUCGACAAGAAGGUCGAAAAGGUAGUAGUAUCGAACAGACUGGUCGACUCGCCAUGCUGCAUCGUCACGUCGCAAUACGGUUGGACGGCGAACAUGGAGAGGAUCAUGAAGGCUCAGGCGCUCCGAGAUACAUCCACCAUGGGAUACAUGGCCGCAAAGAAACACUUGGAGAUCAAUCCGGAUCAUCCCAUCAUGGAGAACUUGCGGCAAAAGGCUGAGGCUGACAAGCAUGACAAAUCGGUUAAAGACUUGGUCAUGUUGCUGUUCGAGACUGCUCUCUUGUCCUCUGGUUUCGCGCUCGAGGAUCCACAAGUACACGCAUCUAGAAUAUAUAGAAUGAUCAAACUCGGCUUGGGCUUUGAUGACGAGGACACGCCGAACGCUGAGGACGAUAAGAUGGAAACGGAAGUGCCGGCGUUAGAAGGUGACGCUGAAGAGGCGUCGAGGAUGGAAGAAGUAGAUUAAUUAUUUCAUUAGAACUUAUUACAAGAAAAAAAUUUUAAUACAGUUCUUGAUUUCGAACAUUAUCAUUUAAUGUGCAGGGGUUAGUGUAGUUAAGUAUAUACGUAUAAUGGCUGGUUUAUGCUUCGGUCUUAAUCUUAAUCUUAGUCUUAGUCUUAACUUAAUCUUAAGGACUCGUUUAUGCUUCCCUGGAAAUUCGGACUACGCAUGUGCAAAUGUAACAAAACCUAACCUAACCUAACCACAAAUUGUAAUAGAUCCCGGUGCUGCAAAUUAUAGUGAAUGUUAAAAUGAAUCGUCAGCGGCAAAAAACUUUAAUGUUUGGAAUGGCACUUUUGUUAUCAAGUGCCUAUGCAGCAUGUGUAUUAUUAAGAAAUUAAAAAAAAA